AUGUGGAUUGAGAUUUUAGGUGGUGUUAAAAGGCGGUUGAUAGCUUUUGUAGCCGUGCAAAGACCAUGGGGGACCUUUUAUGGGGAUAGAGUCGCACCCUGUCAUCGGAGGCGGCUCGGUCGCAGCAAUCGCCGCCGUGAUUUCACUCGCAGAACCCGAGAAGCGCCGACAGUUGCAAGCGGAGGAGGUUGGCGGUCAGGUUCACGUUUCAGUGAUCUGUUAGGCGCUGGUGCAGUGAAGAAGGUGUAUAGGGGAUUUGAUCAAGAAGAAGGAAGGGAUGUGGCAUGGAACCAAGUAAAACUAAGAAGCUUCGGUGGAGAUCCAUCUGUUUGCAAGAGACUCUUUUCAGAAAUCAAACUGUUACAGACAUUAGAGAAUGAAAACAUCAUUGUUCUUUACAGUUUCUGGAGGGAUACUAAAAACAGCACCUUGAACCUCAUCAUAGAGGCAUGUGCUUUAGGUAAUUUAAGGGAUUACAGGAACUUUAUCUCAGCUACAUGUUUCAAUGGGUCACAGUUUCGUCCAUUGAUACCCUUGUUAGAAGCCAUGCCAAAGGAACUUGGUGCUAGCCUGCAUGAUACGCUUAAUCUGAUCACAGAAUUUGCAGUUAAAUACAUUGAGCAUAUCGAGAAGAAACACAUGGAACCCGAAGAAUGUUAGUUCCUUAUUCUGUCAGAAUAGGUUGACGCUAGUUCCUUAUUUUGUUUGUUGGGUUUUACAAGUGUAUCACUACAAAUUACUUGGCAAUGAAUUUCUGGUAGAAAAGGCUUCAAGAAUGGCUUGAAGACCUGAUGGGAAAUGGUUGAAGAAUGAAUUAAAGAAUGAUCACACUCAUUUUUUAAGAAUGUUGUUAUUUUUUAAGAAUUAUACUUGUUUAUUCUUUCAGAAUGUUUGUUAUUAUUCAAUGAAUCACAAUCAU